AUGGCCUGCUGUCAGACCAGCUUCUGCGGAUUUCCCAGCUGCUCCACCAGUGGGACCUGUGGCUCCAGCUGCUGCCAGCCAAGCUGCUGUGAGACCAGCUGCUGCCAGCCAAGCUGCUGCCAGCCCAGCUGCUGCGGAACCAGCUAUGGCAUUGCUCCUGACACCAUGGCCAGCUGUUCCACCAGUGGGACCUGUGGCUCCAGUUGCUGCCAGCCAAGCUGCUGUGAGACCAGCUGCUGCCAGCCAAGCUGCUGCCAGACCAGCUCCUGUGGAACUGGCUGCGGCACUGGUGGUAGCAUCAGCUAUGGCCAGGAGGGCAGGGGUGGAGCCGUGAGCACCCGUAUCAGGUGGUGCCGCCCAGAUUGCCGCGUGGAGGGCACCUGCCUGCCCCCCUGCUGCCUGGUAAGCUGCACACCCCCAUCCUGCUGCCAGCUGCACCACGCUGAGGCCUCCUGCUGCCGCCCAUCCUACUGUGGGCAAUCCUGCUGCCGCCCAGUCUGCUGCUGCCAAUGCUGUGAGCCCACCUGCUAA